ACUCCAAUCCUGGAGCGAAAGGGACUUUUUUAUCUGUGAUGUGAAAGUUUACGAUACAAUACCGUUGAUAACCUCAAAUCUUAUCAGCCAGUAUGACAUGAACUGUUGAUCAACCGAUGAUAAAAAUAUACCAUGUUUUGAUGCAAUGAAUGUGACAAUUGUUUGUUUUGAAUAUGUUCGAUGUUUAGUUCAAAUUGUCUACUUGGAAACUAGAGAUGGUACGCUCCAAUGAUUUUCAAAAAAACAAUCACCAUCGCAUCCAAAAUGAUCACCAACUAUGACCAAAUUCAAAUUCACGAACGUGUGACUUGAUUUCCGUAGCUUUUAGCACAUUUGUAUUAUAUAUAUUAAGACAAAAAUAUGAGUGGCGAAGAUUCGUCCUCAUAUGAAAUGCAAGUGAGGAAAGAUGACGGACAAAAGGAAACAAAGCUCUCAAAACCUGGCCUUUCGGCUGGCAAGAUUUUCUAUAAACCUGGGGUUAUUGAAGAGGAAACUGAUGAGACGAGUGUACUAGACAGCUCUGUUUUGGAAUCGCCGAUGUUGGGAGUGGGGUAUGGAGGUAGCGGAUUCCUGAGGCCACCUCUGCAUCAGACUGCCAGUCUUCAUAGGAUACCUACGUACAGCAGUUCUAUUGGACAUAGUACUGUGUACAGACAUGAUUGCAGGAGUCGCUCGCACAGACAUGGCGCUUCUAGAAGAACAAGACGGCGGGCAAUUCUUAAAAAUGGUGAAUGCAAUAUUCUCAAGUCACGGAUCUCACAGCGGCGUUUGCGAUUUCUUCAGGACAUGUUCACGACACUUGUGGAUGCGCAGUGGCGGUGGACCCUUCUUGUGUUUACGCUCUCCUUCAUUUUAUCCUGGCUGGGAUUCGCUCUUAUUUGGUGGCUGAUUGCAUUCACACAUGGAGAUCUUGAGAUCGAUCAUCUACCGCCUAUGCAAGAAAACAACGGUUGGAAACCAUGUGUCUUUAAUAUCUACGAUUUUACGUCAUGUUUCCUGUUCAGUAUUGAAACACAGCACACCAUCGGUUAUGGUGCUCGUACUACGACGGAGGAAUGUCCUGAAGCAAUCUUUAUUAUGUGUUUACAAAGUAUAGUGGGAGUAAUGAUACAAGCUUUCAUGGUGGGAAUUGUGUUCGCCAAAAUGACGAGACCUAAGCACAGGACACAAACACUUUUGUUCUCGAAAUACGCUGUUGUAUGUCAGAGAGACGGAGAAUUAAGUCUAAUGUUCAGAGUCGGUGACCUGAGGAAGUCUCAUAUCAUCGGUGCCAGCGUAAGAGCUCAAUUAAUUCGCUCCAGGACAACAAAGGAAGGAGAACUUUUGUCGCAUUAUCAGACUGAAUUAGAACUGAAUGCAGACGGUUGUGAUAGUAACCUAUUCUUCAUCUGGCCCAUAACGAUGGUCCAUCGAAUAAACGCGAAUAGUCCCUUUUACGGAGUGUCCGCCGCGGAUGUGCUGCAAGAAAAAUUUGAAAUCGUAGUUAUUUUGGAGGGAACAAUCGAAUCGACGGGUCAAACGACGCAGGCGCGUUCUAGUUAUACGACAAGUGAAAUAAUGUGGGGACACAGAUUUCUGCCGUUAGUGUCAUACAAUCGUGAACGCCAGGGGUACGAAGUAGAUUAUUCUAAAUUCGAAGAGACCACGCAGGUUGAUACACCACUGUGUUCCGCUAAGGAGUUAGACGAGUUCUAUGGAAAUCAAGCUGAUCGCAGAUCAAUCGAGAGCACGGAACAUAUGGUGCUUAAGUUGCCGGAGCGUCCCGCCCGCCCAGAAAGCCCCGCCCCAGCGCCCAAAGCGGAACAGAAGAAUGGUGACUUCACAGUAACAUUAUAAUAAUAGAAAAAGAGGUUUUCUUUAUAAAUGUAGGCUUCUUGUAGACUUCCGUUUAUAUACCGGUCAACGGACCGUUGAUGCCGGACACCCACGGAACAAAUCGUGUCGCGUGGAUUUUAGCGCAAUGUAAUGCACUCGCAAUAGUAGAGACGUUUUCGAGUACGGAAAAACUAAAGCAGACAGAGUAAAUUAAAUUUAACAACCUUGUAUUAAAGAUAAAAUUCGUGCACACUUCAUUAGCGAUAAGCGACUCUGUGAUGAGAAGGUACAAUCUCCUUCGUCGAUAUAGCGUUUUGAUAAUUGACAAAUUCGCAAAAUUGCGAGCGUGAAAAACUUGUACAAAAGGUACUUUUAUACUUACAGGAUUAGUACCGGAUAGUCGACUAUCAAUGUUGUCUAAUAUUAGUUUAAAGUAAAUAAAAACAGGAAAAGGGCAAUACGCUUCGUUGCGUGAAUAUAAUCAAUCAAUUUUCUAUCAUGGUUGACUGCACUUUCUUUGCGCUGUUUUCUGCCGCAUUGAGGAUACCUGCCCAUAACUGCCCAGCUAAGAACCGGUAUUCGGUGCAUUACUGACUAGACCGGUUAAAAACACGAUUUGCAGGAAAAAACGGUCGUCUGCAGGAGGUCUUACGGUGUUGGAUCACCACUAUAAGUGACACGAGUACCAGUAAUAAAAUAAUAGUAGAUUAAAUAGAUAAGUUACCGUCGUCAGCUGACUUGUACUUUGUGUUUAGGGCUCACAUACAGGAGCGGCACGAUUUCAAUGGCAGAGAUUAUUGCACCUGUCGGCGGCAGCCUUCAACGCAUCGGCGGCAGCCGUCGACCUUUAGCGACGCUUGUGGUUGUUUGUGUUUGUAGAGUGCCGAUACAAAGAAAACAACUGAAAUAACUGCAGCGGGUCGUUGUUGGUAUCGGCAUGCUACAAACACAAACUACUGCAAGCAUCGCUAUUGGUCGACUGCCGCCAAUGCGUUGACAGCUUCCGCUGACGGGUGAUGACGGGAACUGUUACAUCAGUCUAAGGCAAUUUACCGCUAGUGUAUAUGAGCCCUUAUGUUAAUCCAAAACUAAGUAGUAGCUGCUAACAGAAAUACAUUUUUACUUUCGUGGUUGUAAUAUGAAAAAUUUCAAUUCUUAUCUGUUAAAGUACUUGAAAUAUGAAAACAUUUUAUGGCUAAGGACAGUUCGUUCUUUGCUUGGUUAUUUUACACAAUUUUGUAUACAGCUACAGCAUAAAUAUUUGAGAAUAAUAACUAGGUAGUGGCUAAGGCCGCCGGCUUUGUACCAGUGUGGACGGUCUACGCUCUAAAUCCCCUUUUGUCCUAUUGGAGAGGAGACCUAUGGCUCUAUACUAGUCACGGUAUUUAUAAUCAUUGGCUAAUAUAAAUACUGAUGCUAUAAUAAAUAUAAUGUUACCUGCAUCUUAGUAUAUUUUUUAAUGUUUUUUCUGUUUUAUGGGGAGGAGUUUUGAGAAAUAGGUGUUAAAACUAUGAUUGUGCUAUCAGUCGUCAACAUCACGUAUAAUUCUACCAUUCAAUAAUGCUUGUGUUGUGCUUGAUAAAUAGAAAAAAAAACUAGAACUGAACCACAGCUGCCUGCUUAAAUUUGUAGUUUCUUUACUUUUAAGUUGCGGAUUAUAACCUCGCCAUAUGUUUCAGAAUGGUAUCCAUUGUACAAACAGCAUCAUAGAUAGGUUUGCAGGAAACAUUUAUACGGAAAGCACGCGGUUUUGAGAGCAAACUUCAUUUUAUUGCUGUGUUUACUUAAAAUGACUUUGUAGUAAAAUACAAUUUUUGUAAGAAGUGUAAAAGUUAAUGGACAUAUGCCAGAAUUAGAGUAUUAAAUAUUAGUUAUGAAUGAUGCAACCCAAUCAUAAUAAUCUUGCAACUAGUCACACUGAAAAAGAGAAUAAUUUUAUAUGUAUAUAGCCAGUUAAAAUCUGGAAGAGGUACCUAUUACAAGAUUAAAAAAUGAUUGUGAUGAAUCUAGAAGGUUCUGCAAGAAUUUUAAGAAGGCAUUCCAAUAUAUUUUUUAUAAGAAAAAUUUAUAUAGCUAGUUUACAGUUUAUAAUUGUAGAAUCUCGCUCGAAGUGAAAAUAUUUAAUAUUAUAAGAAUAUAAAAAAUGUACGGUCUUCCAUAAAGGUUGUGUAUAUGAAAUAUACAAACAAUCUUUUUUAACAUAGAGACGUUCGAAUAUCAAAUAUUUAAUACAUUUAUUAAAGUUUAAGC